CUUGCGGUUGUCAACAGGGUAGCGUGAACUUUUUUAUUUCCGAUAUACGAGGUAUUUAAGUAUUUCGAAAAAUGUCAGACGGCGAGGAUGAUUUUAUGUGCGAGGAAGAGGAAGAUUAUGGUCUUGAAUACUCUGAAGAUUCAAAUUCAGAGCCAGAUGUUGAUUUAGAAAAUCAAUAUUACAAUAGUAAAGCACUGAAAGAAGAUGACCCUACGGCAGCACUGCAAAGUUUUCAAAAAGUUCUGGACUUGGAGGGUGGUGAAAAAGGCGAAUGGGGCUUCAAAGCUUUAAAACAAAUGAUAAAAAUUAAUUUUAAAUUGGCCAAUUACAAAGAAAUGAUGGCCAGGUAUAAACAAUUACUUACAUAUAUCAAAAGUGCAGUUACAAGAAACCAUUCAGAAAAAUCUAUAAACUCCAUAUUAGAUUAUAUCAGUACAUCUAAGAAUAUGGAAUUAUUACAAGAUUUUUAUGAGACCACGUUAGAUGCAUUAAAAGAUGCUAAGAACGAUAGGUUAUGGUUUAAGACAAACACAAAGUUGGGGAAGUUAUACUUUGAUCGAUCAGAUUUUAAUAAGUUAGCAAAAAUAUUGAAACAACUUCAUCAGAGUUGUCAGACUGACGAUGGAGAGGAUGAUUUGAAAAAAGGGACACAGUUAUUAGAGAUUUAUGCUCUAGAAAUACAAAUGUACACAGCACAAAAGAACAAUAAGAAGUUAAAGACUUUGUACGAACAGAGUUUACAUAUUAAGAGCGCGAUACCUCAUCCGUUAAUAAUGGGAGUGAUCAGAGAAUGUGGAGGAAAAAUGCACUUAAGAGAAGGUGAAUUCGAAAGAGCACAUACUGACUUCUUUGAAGCCUUUAAAAACUAUGAUGAGUCUGGUUCACCAAGACGUACCACAUGUUUAAAAUAUUUAGUUCUAGCAAAUAUGCUAAUGAAAUCUGGAAUCAAUCCUUUUGAUUCCCAAGAAGCAAAGCCAUACAAAAACGAUCCAGAGAUCUUAGCAAUGACGAACUUAGUGGUCAGUUAUCAAAAUAACGAUAUCAACCAAUUCGAACUAAUUCUAAAACAAAAUAGAAAUAAUAUAAUGGAUGAUCCAUUUAUAAGAGAGCACAUCGAAGACUUAUUACGUAAUAUACGCACUCAGGUUCUGAUUAAAUUAAUAAAACCGUACACUAGAAUUUAUAUCCCUUUUAUAAGCAAAGAAUUGAAUAUCGAUGUGUCGGAAGUUGAGAGUCUUUUAGUGUCUUGUAUUUUGGAUAACACCAUAUGCGGCCGUAUCGAUCAGGUGAACCAAGUCCUCGAGCUGGACAAAAAAUCAGUAUGCGCAGCGCGUUACAAUGCUCUCGACAAAUGGACGAGUCAGCUGCAUUCAUUGCACUUAGCCAUAGUGAAUAAAAUGGCAUAAAAAAGUACGGUGCGCGUGAACCCAGAACAAAAAAUCGAGCUCUAGACAUUACUCUGUAUAGUAUAUCAUAAAUGCCUGU